GCAAAGGAAAGGCCAGGUCGUAUUUUGACCACCAUCAGCAGCAGCACCACCGUUUCUUCCCUUCUUCCUCCUUUCUUCCUCCUUCGUUUCCUCUUCCUGCUUCAUUUUUUUUUAAAACAAACAAACAAAAAAAAAAACGAAGACCGAUAACACCAGAAAACCCAAUCAAUUCCAAGCGUGUUUCUGAAUAUAAACGCCGCCUGCUCUUUUUUUCAAUUCCCCACAUUCCCAUGAUCUGCCCCUCAAUUUUUGCAUAUACUUCAAUCGCUGACUUCUCCUUGCUUGGUUUGUCGAUCCUCUGAACUCUGCCGCCGACCAUGGGGAUUUGCCUCUCCACAACCAAGGUCAGUGGCUCCAGCAGCAACAAUCACAACCACAAGAACAACGCCGCCGCCGGAGGAGGGGUAGCAGGCGGCGUCAAGGCUACCGCAAGCGGGGCGGCGGCAAAAAAUAAGCAGGCUUCGUCGGCGAACAAUACUAAGAAAAAUCACAAUACCAACGAGAAGAGGACGACCAGAAAACAGCAGCCCGAACAGCAGCAGCAAGUGAAGUUAAAAGGGAAGCAGAGCUCGAGGAAGGGCAGUGGGGCGAUUCCGUGUGGGAAGCGGACGGAUUUCGGCUACCAUAAGGAAUUCAAUCAACGGUACACGAUCGGGAAAUUGUUGGGCCAUGGCCAAUUUGGGUACACGUAUGUUGCUACUGAUAAGGAAACCGGAGAUCGUGUUGCAGUCAAACGGAUUGACAAAGGCAAGAUGCUUCUUCCUAUUGCUGUCGAAGACGUCAAAAGAGAGGUCAAGAUUUUGCGGCAACUUGCUGGUCAUGAGAACGUGGUCCACUUUGUCAAUGCAUUUGAGGAUGAUUCAUAUGUAUAUAUAGUUAUGGAGUUAUGUGAAGGAGGUGAACUACUAGACCGGAUUCUGGCAAAAAAGGACAGCCGUUAUUCCGAGAAAGAUGCAGCAGUAAUUGUAAGGCAGAUGCUUAAAGUAGCAGCUGAAUGCCAUUUACAUGGUUUGGUCCACCGUGAUAUGAAGCCUGAGAACUUUCUCUUCAAGUCAACUAAAGAGGACUCAGUGCUGAAGGCUACAGAUUUUGGUUUGUCAGACUUCAUAAAGCCAGGAAGGAAGUUCCAUGAUAUUGUUGGCAGUGCUUACUAUGUUGCUCCUGAGGUCUUACAAAGGAAGUCUGGACCUGAGUCAGAUGUCUGGAGCAUUGGUGUCAUAACAUAUAUUUUGCUCUGUGGAAGACGGCCCUUUUGGGAUAAAACGGAGGAUGGUAUAUUUAAGGAGGUCCUAAGAAACAAACCUGAUUUUCGCCGCAAACCAUGGCCAACCACAAGCCACAGUGCCAAAGAUUUUAUUAGGAAGUUGCUUGUGAAAGAUCCUCGUGCUAGACUUACAGCUGCUCAAGCGUUGUCACAUCCAUGGGUCCGAGAAGGAGGAGAUGCAUCCGAGAUUCCAAUUGACAUAUCUGUUCUGAAGAACAUGAGGCAAUUUGUGAAGUACAGUCGCCUGAAACAGUUUGCUCUCCGUGCAUUGGCUAGCACACUUGGUGAAGAGGAGCUAUCUGACCUCAAGGAUCAAUUUGAUGCAAUCGAUGUAGAUAAAAAUGGUUCUAUCAGUUUUGAAGAGAUGAGGCAGGCACUUGCUAAGGAUCUACCCUGGAAGUUAAAAGAGUCGCGUGUUCUAGAAAUUCUACAAGCAAUUGAUUGCAACACGGACGGGCUUGUUGAUUUCUCUGAGUUUGUUGCAGCUGCUCUACAUGUGCAUCAGUUGCAAGAGCACAACUCCGAGAAGUGGGAAGAACGUUCUCAGGCCGCUUUCGACAAAUUUGACAUUGAUGGAGAUGGUUAUAUUACCCCUGACGAGCUUAGAAUGCAUACCGGGUUAAGGGGUUCAAUUGACCCGCUCCUUGAGGAGGCAGAUAUUGAUAGAGAUGGCAAGAUAAGCCUAUCAGAGUUCCGAAAACUUCUGAGAACCGCAAGCAUGGGGUCAACCAAUCUGCCGAGUCCUUCUGGUCACCGCAAUUCUCGGAGGGUCUAGAAGAUGCAAGUGGAGAUUUUGGCGAUGAAAGAAACUUGUGUCAUUGUUGUUUAUUCUUUAUCUUUUGUGGAAGUUGUUCAUAGUAAGGAUUUGAUGUGAUGGUGAGUGAGGAUAAGGCGGAAUGUAACGAGUUAUAGGUCGGAAGGGAGGGAGUUGGUAUUUUUGUAUGUGAAACUUCAGUCGUCUCUGUAAUUGAAGAAACAAAGAAAAGAAAACAUAAGGGCUGGUUCCUGGUGUGGCCCUAAGGGCGCUGGUGAUGUUCGAUAGCAUCCUUAUGGGGUUGGGCGUAAGUAAGGAUGUCCUUACGCCGAUCUCCAUAUGGACCAUAGCUUAUUCAGUGAUGGAUGGGUAAUGUCAUUGUCGGAUGUACAUUCUUCUCGAGUGUUAUGAGUUUGUUUACUAGUGAAGGAGGAUUAACCAAAUGUCAAAUGAAAGCUCAAGGAUUUAGAGUUGAGAUCA